AUGUCCGCCAUCGACACCAUCAAUGCCCUCCAUGCUGAGGCGUCGCGAAUUAUCCAUCUGCUCGGUCGAGCCCCUACACGCGCUGAGCGGGGCUUUGCGCUGGAGCUAGCUGACAAGGCUAUGGACCUUGCCAUCGAGGCCGGCUUCGAUGCUCCCGCGAUAGAGACCUGUCAAGCCUUCCAGCGCCUUUGCUACGACUCUCUAUUACAUUCCUACAGCUGGACUGAUAACCACGAACGUCGCAUGUACGAAAAAAGCGCGUCGAGAACUCCGAUAAAGCGUAAGCGCUCGGCCAGGAUCUACAAUGUCGAUAAGGGAGAGCACGUGCUCGAAGCUCUUGAGGCUGUCCAUAUUGGAAAUAUGUUGGGUAACCGUGUGUCGGUUGAGCCAAAUGCGUGGAAUCGCAGGAUUCGGUGGGUCGAUGAAGUUAUGGACCAGCCGAUUCGUACGUGGGUUCAUUAG